UCCCAUUCCGCUAGCAUGUAGCUGUUGCUGAUUUCUUGUUCACUCGUGGAAGCUGCAAUUAGUCACUGCUUAGGAAGCGCGAACAAGGGAGCUCCUGUGAUCGCCGCUGAGAUCGGAGGUGUUGAGUGGUUUGGCUGGUGCUGCGCCAUGGCGUCUCGUUCCGCUGUGCUGUUUGCUCUGAUUUCAGCGGGAUGCUUCUUUGCGAUCGCGGUGUCGAGGCCGUCUGGAUUUGACGAGGAGGAGGUGAAUGGCCUACCUGGCAGCGUCUUCAAGCCUGAUUUGGUGCACCGCGUGAACGAGAACCCCACCGCCACGUGGGAAGCGGGCUACAACGAGCGCGUGCAUCGCCUUUCUAAGCCCGGUCUCAAGUCGUUGGCCGGCGCGUAUCGCCAUCCGCCAGUCAACGCUCUUCCCCGCAAGGAGCUUUCUCCUGCUGCCAUGAACAUCAACCUUCCCAAGCACUUCGACGCGCGCAAGCACUGGUCGCACUGCCCUUCCAUUUCCUUCGUUCGCGGUACGUGUGUGUGUGCGUCGACGUGUAGCAGGUUUUCUGGUCAAUUUUGCUCAGCACCUCAUCGAGUGGCUUUUGCAUGCUUCGCUUCAUCCUGAACGAUUUUGUCAUGGCGUGCGGGUUCCAAAUCUCAUCUUCCGUCUGUCCUGCGUGCAUAUGUCUUACCAUGCUGCUAUUCCGGGUCACGUCGUUUCCCCUGGGCGCGGAUGUGCGGCGUUCGGAUUGCUGAUGUCCUUACUCGAUCAUGAUGAUUUUGACGCUGCAGACCAGGGCCACUGCGGUUCCUGUUGGGCCUUCGGUGCAGUGGAGGCGCUCAGCGACCGCUUCUGCGUGGCGUUCAAUGAGUCUGUGCAGCUGUCCACCAACGACCUGCUGUCCUGCUGCGCCACGUGCGGCGAUGGCUGCAACGGUGGCUGGCCUUACCUCGCCUGGGAGUUCUUCACCAAGAAGGGCGUUGUCACUGAGCAGUGCGAGCCGUACUUUGAUCAGCAGGGGUGCAAGCACCCUGGGUGUGAGCCUGUGAUGCCCACGCCUGCAUGCAAGCUGACAUGUGCCGAUGGGGAGAACUGGCGCGGCAGCAAGCACUACGCGUCCGAUGCUUACCUAGUGGGGCGCUCUGCGGAGGCCAUGAUGACAGAGCUGAUGCUGCACGGGCCAUUUGAGGUGGACUUUGACGUCUACGAGGAUUUCACCUACUACAAGAAAGGGGUGUAUUCACACUUGGUGGGGGACAUGGUGGGAGGGCAUGCGGUCAAGCUGGUGGGCUGGGGCACCACUGACGACGGUGUGGACUACUGGAUCAUCGCUAACUCCUGGAAUAGCAGCUGGGGAGAGAAUGGGUUUUUCCGUAUCCGUCGAGGCACCAAUGAAUGUGGCAUUGAGGAAGACCCAGUGGCUGGCACCCCUUCCAAGACCCCUCCCCCGCCUGAGAUUUUUGAUGACAUUGCUACCGAGUAGACAGAUGUUGAGCAUUCGUUCGGAGAUGCACACCAAUGCCUUUGAGGCAGGAUUUGUGAUGUGCAGUUUCAUUGGGUGAUGUGUUAUGGUGAAUACCCCUUUUGUUGUGUUCUUAACAGUUUGGGACAUGUGUGAAGGGCAAGUUUGAGUGGCGUGUACCGUGAAUUAUGACGUGAAGUCCUGUCCACAGUGGGACAUUAUCGGGGCCAUAAGUACACCUGUUCUCCUAUUUAGUCCCACGGUUUUCG